AUUGUAACAGACUAACCAUUUCUACAGACGGUCAUCUCGCUGUCGGCCUUAUCGUGCUUAUUUCCCUGGCAAUCUCCCUCGGCCUCAUCAUGUUGAUUGUCGUCGCUGGCAUCAUCGCCGAGCGCAUCCGCAGAAAGCGUGAGGGUUAUGUGCCCGCUCCGCAGAUGGACAAGGGCGGCAACAUGAGCCGCAUACCACCGGAACACAUUCUCGGUAAUCUAGAUAAUCCCGGCCAACCCGAGAGGCUUUGAGUAACCUUUUGGGCUUGAUACUCAACUCUCAAUUUCAUGAAGGGAUGUACAGUGGUGGUAGGAUUUUGGUUUUCAGCAUCGGCGCGUUCGGCGUGUAAUGGGUUCUUCCACUUUCUUUUCUUCUUUCUUUCUUUCUUGUCGAUCAUUUUUCGCUGCCAUACGAUUCACGCGAAGCGAAACCCGUUCUUUGCGUUGCAUCUAUUGGCGGCGUUCAUACGUUGUUUCCGAAUGUCGCUCUCCUCCCGCUCAGACUCACUCCCUGAAAAUCUCCUUGAUACUCUUCGUCUUCUUCCUCUUCUUUUUUACCGCAGCGAGCAACAUCUCCCCUUUUUUUCGCUUCUGGAGCUGGGAAAGGGGCUUGACGCUGGCGGCCCAGGCUCUUUUGAUGAUACCACCAACCGCCGGCGAGUAAUGUGUACUAUUUUGCGACCCCCAGUUCGUCUGCUCUGCUUCUUUUCAUUGCGAAGGUCGGGUAGUGAUGGAUGCUUGCUUCAUUAGGCUCUGCUUUUUCUUUGCAAGGAGAUCUCCUAGAGGGGCCUCGAUUUCUUUCUUUUCUGCUUUCAUUUCCUUUUCUCUGCUUGGGUAGUGUGCGAGUGGGGAUAGUGCUAGGCUUCUUGGGCUUCGUUGCGAGGUUAUGUAACCUCGCCGC